GACGCACAACACUAUAAAUAUUGCAGCAAGCGAAACACGAAAGAAAACACACCAAUAAGAAAGCAAUUGCAGAACCUUCUAAACCAGAAAACAUGGAGCUUCUUCCCAUAGCUUACUUCCUUCUCUUUCUUGCAACUCUCACUUGGUUCUUAGCCACAACACUCUCUUCAUCUUCAACACCCAAAAGAGUUCCACCAAACACCAAUAUUCCUAAAGCCUACCCUAUAAUUGGCUCCAUCUUCGCCAUCGCCGCCAACAAACACCGCCGCAUCCACUGGAUCUCCGACAUCCUCCUCUCCUCUCCGUCCUCCUCCACCUUCACCCUUCGCCGCUCCCUUGGCUCCCGCCAGAUCUUCACCGCCGACCCCGCCAUCGUCCACCACAUCCUCAAGUCCAAUUUCCCAACCUACCAAAAAGGUCCCACCCUUAACCGCGCCCUCGGCGACUUCCUCGGUGACGGCAUCUUCAACUCCGACGGCGACAACUGGAAGUUCCAGCGCCAGCUCUCCAGCCACGAGUUUAACACAAGAUCCCUCCGCAACUUCGUCGAAACCGUUGUAGACGCCGAACUCUCCAACCGCCUCAUCCCAAUCUUAUCUGCCACGUGUAAUCAUACCAACACUAAUGCAACAAAUACAUGUGACUUACAAGAUAUCCUCCAACGCUUCGCCUUCGAUAAUAUAUGUAAGAUCGCUUUCGGUUACGAUCCGGAAUACCUCCUCCCAUCGCUUCCAACAACCACCUUCGCCAAGGCCUUCGACGACGCAACAAGAAUCAGCAGCGAGAGGUUCAAUUCCGCGGUGCCGCUGGUAUGGAAGAUAAAGAAAAUCCUAAACAUAGGUUCCGAAAAUAGGCUCCGAACCGCAGUGUCGGAGGUGAGAGGCUUAGCAAAGAAGAUCGUAGAGGAGAAGAAGCGAGAGCUUGAAGAGAAGAAAACGCUGCAAUCCGUGGAUCUAUUGUCGCGGUUCUUGGUUUCCGGACAAAACGACGAGUCGUUUGUAACGGACAUAGUCAUCAGCUUCAUUCUCGCUGGGAGGGACACUACUUCCGCAGCGCUCACGUGGUUCUUCUGGCUCCUUGCUAGCCAUCCGCACGUGGAAGAAGAGGUGGUUAGCGAAAUUAUCCAGAAGAACCACGUAGAUGGUUCCUCCGUUUACGAGGAGCUAAAGGACAUGGUGUAUACUCACGCCGCGUUGUGCGAGAGCAUGAGAUUGUACCCGCCGGUGCCUGUGGAUACGAAAGAGGCUGCAAACGACGACGUUUUACCUGAUGGUACUUUUGUGAAGAAAGGGACACGUCUGGCGUACCAUAUCUUUGCGAUGGGAAGGAGUGAGAGGAUAUGGGGCGCGGAUUGGGCCGAUUUCAGGCCCGAAAGGUGGUUGAGGCGGGAUGGGGAGGGGAAGUGGGCUUUUGUUGGAGUUGAUCCGUAUAGUUAUACAGUGUUUCAGGCCGGGCCUAGGGUGUGUUUGGGGAAGGAGAUGGCGUUUUUGCAGAUGAAGAGAGUGGUGGCGGGGAUCUUAAGGGAGUUUAGGGUGGUUCCGGCGGUGGCGGAAGGGGUGGUGCCGGAGUAUACUGGAUACCUUACGUCGCUGAUGAAAGGUGGGUUCCCAGUGAAGAUAGAGAAGCGAAGAUAACCACACAAGUAAAUAGAUAUAUUCUCUGUAUCGUUUCUGUUUCCUGUAAUUACAUGCCUGAAUUGUCUCCUGCUGUAAUAUGUAGUUUGAUCUUUAAUUUAGUAGUUUCAUGUGUUAA